GUCGUCAGUACUGUGCCUUGUGCUCAGCAGAAGCCACCAAAGACGAACCCGGCCGCCCCGUCGCCUUCACAGCCCACGAGCCACGCUUUGACCAACCGGCCGCUGCUCAGGCCGGAGGAGAGGCGCUAUCCGGUCAAGCAUUACAUCAAGGAGGCCAAACGGCUGAAGCACAGAGCAGACGCAGAGCCGGAUAAGCUCCGGAAGGCCUUCAGCUACCUGGAGGCGGCCAUGUUCUUUGUGGAGAGCGGCAUCGCCAUGGAGAAGGACCCGCAGAUUUCUACGUCCUCCUACACCAUGUUUGCGGAGACGGUGGAGCUCCUCAAGUUCGUGCUGAAGCUGAAGAGUUCAGGGGAGUCUUCCUCCUCUCCCUCAGAAAAGGACUUCUUGUCUCUAUGUGUGCUGUCGGAGCUGGACGCCGUCCUGGGUCCGCUGAGCCUCUCUUCAGCCAUGAGCUCCAUGGUGCGGUACACCCGGCAGGGCCUGCACUGGCUGAGGCUGGACAGCCACCGGGGUUGAGGGUUCCACGCCGGACCAAGCCGCUCCUGGGUGUGUUCAGCCGUCCUUCCUUCUCAGUUCGGACUCCGUUCAGCAACAACACUGAUGUCUGUAAUGCUGGAAGUGCAAGACGGUGGUCCCUGAACACA